GUUUUCAGUUCUAUAUAAAUGGGCCUGUGCGUGUUGUUGCCUCAAGUCAGCUGUAGACUGUUUUCUUGAGUGAUUAUUUGAUGCAUCUUCUUUCGGGAUGGCAUCGACUAGUAAUUCAAAAUUAGUUUUCAAGAUUCUGUGCGAUAAUGACGGUUGUUUAGAGGUAAGGCAGCUGAAUGCGAAGCUCGCACAAAACAGCUUUGGAGUUAAACUAGCGAACCUGCGUUCCGUUCUUUUCGACGACGGUAAGAUUGCGAUUCGGGAGGGUAAACAGCGGGUUCCUGACGGUAACAUCAGGCCUGACAGUCUGAUUGUUGCUAAAACCAGUUUGAGGCUUUGCCAGAGAAAAGCUGGGGAAUGCGGACUGUGUGAUAGUUUACACUUGUGCAGGUAUUUUGUCUGCGGAGGCUGCACCUUCGGACCCAAGUGUAAAAAUCCGCACAGUUUGGCUUCUCCACACAACGCUGAUCUUUUGCAAAGGUUUGGUCUCCAGGACUUGACAGAGAAACAACUUUUCCAGCUUUUACUGCAGAAUGAUCCUUUUCUUCUUCCUGAGGUCUGUCCACAUUACAACAAGGGUGAUGGUCCAUUUGGCUCCUGCAGAUUCACCACCUCCUGCACGAAGCUCCAUGUCUGCCUGCAUUUCCUCCAGGGUGACUGUAGGUAUGGCUCAAGAUGCAAGAGAAGCCAUUCCGUUGAACGAGGAAUGAAGCUUUUCAAAGGAUUCAGUCAGGAGAAUAUGCAAAACCUUUACAAGAUUUACAGGAAUAAAUUCAUCAUCACUGGACAAUGUGGACAGCACGAGACUCCAGCUGCUGCUGCUGGUCCAGUGCUUCCAGUGGUGACAUUCAGUCAUCAGCUGUCUUCCCAUCAGCCUCACCAAAUGAGUCCUAGAAGUCCCACCAACUCUGUCAGUCCUUUAAAACCUAACAGUGAAGGUGAAAGGAAUGAGAUCUGCCUCUAUAAUAUUCGCAAAAGCUGCAGCUUCAAAGAGAAAUGCGUGCGUGUCCACUGGAACCUACCGUACAAAUGGGAGGUGUUACACAGAGACGGUGUUACUUGGAAGGACUUGCCUUUAAUGGAAGAAAUUGAAAAGGCAUACUCUGACCCAACAUGCAACACUAGCAGGGAUCCACUGAUGCCUACAUUGGGAAUUCUCUCGAGUCUGAAACUUGGAUCUGCAUCUAACAUUAAGCAGCAUGUUGACUUUAACACGAUGACCUACGAAGGGUCUCCAGUUCGUCGCCUGUCCACAACUUCUUCUGUCCUACAUCCGCCACACUUCAUUCUCACAACUCAGUGGAUUUGGUACUGGAAGGAAGACAAUGGUUUAUGGAUCGAGUAUGGACAGGGUGGAGGAGACACCACAGUGACUUCUGACACUCUGGAGAAAAUGUACCUGGCAGACAAGGAUGCAGAGAUCACUUUCCAGGCAGGCAAACAUCAAUACACCUUGCAUUUCAAAGGUGCAAAAGGAAGCCAGACGAUGUUUCAACAGAAUUUAAAAUAUAAAACUAAGAGAGAGAUCCGAAGGAGGCCUCGCUUUGUGUCACCUCAGGACGUUAAUGACAUCAAGAGUGGAUCAUCACACAGCUCCAGCUCCUCCACAGCUGAACAUAUUCCACCCCACUGGGACAAGAAAGCCCUUCCUGAUUUGAGUUAUAAGCUCGUGCUCCUCUCCAGAAUUGAUCCAGAUUAUAAAAUUGAGGAGGAUUUCAGACGCACCAUGCCUUGCAGUAGAAUUGAAAGCAUCCAAAGAAUCCAGAACCCGUCUUUGUGGAAAGUCUUUCAAUGGCAGAAGGACCAGAUGCAGAAGAGGAAUGGAGGGAAACGUGUGGAUGAGAAACUUUUGUUCCACGGCACAGAAGAGAGCCUGGUUGACGCCAUUUGUGAUCAAAACUUUGACUGGAGGAUGUGUGGCGUCCACGGAACAGCCUAUGGGAGAGGGAGCUACUUUGCUAGAGAUGCUUCCUACUCAGACAAAUAUUCCAGAACCCGAGGAAGUCUGAACAAGAUCAUGUUUGUUGCUCGAGUGCUGGUGGGUGAAUACACAAAGGGAAGCAGCAGCUACGUUCGACCACCAUCAAAAGCAGGAAGCAAAGCUCUUUAUGACAGCUGUGUUGACUCUGAAAGAGACCCCAGCAUAUUUGUGAUCUUUGAAAAACAGCAGAUUUAUCCAGAGUAUCUAAUCAAGUACAGAUGAGAUAAAUGCUUUAAUUCCCUUUUGUUAAAGGGAAAUAAAUCAUUAAAAAAAGGGUCACUUUUUAGCUUGCUAAAGUCCAGUACACAUAAGGGAACAUUUUGCUGGGUUUCUUUGUUCUGUCCAAAGCAUGCAGUCUGGCUUUCUUUGUGUAUUUUGUACUUGCUGCUCAGUAGCUCUCUUUUUUUUUCAUAACCUUGGGUGACUAUAUGUCCGUCGGGAGUCUGCCUAAGUAAAUGAGUAAAUAGUAUUUUGUAAAUAUUAAGUAAAUAUUCAUUUGUCAGGAUAUCACAAAAACACAAUUUUGAAUUUGUUGCUUCUUAGUACUGUAGGUGGCAGCAAGUAUAUGGGCAUUGGACAGUCUUGUAUUCUGUCUGUUCAUAACCCAAGUCCCCUGAAAGUUGGGGUGCUGACAUUUUCAUGCAAACCAAAAUGUAUGGGGAAAAAAAACACACGUUUACUUGCUUUUACAAAUAUCAUAUUUCAGAUUAACUGUAAGCCAAACUUAUAUUGAAGAGAAGGAGCUUAAUUAUUAUCCACCAUAACAUGAAUGGUUAUUUAAAAAAUGAUUUCAAAAGCAGGUCAUAAGGACUUCCUUUAAAUUAUAGAGUAAGCAUCUAUGUACUGAUUUACAACAAAGUGUUUUAGAAAGUAUAAAUACAGAGAAAUUGAAACCUGCAUGCAUCCUCUUGCAAAACCCUAAUUAUUUUUAUUCCUGCCUAGUUAAUCUCUGUAAACACCAUUACAAACCUCUUGAGAUAUAAAUGAUUUUAAUAUCAAAAUGAAAUAAAUGUUAUGUUUAAUCUUUUAAAGAAAAGCUGUUUAAAGUGUUAAAAGGAUGGACUUAUCCUAUCCAAAGUGCUAAUAAACUUUUUCCAAGUUGUCCUCUCA